AUGAAGGAAGCUUCUUUGGCUAGACUACAGAAAGGAAGAGUAGAAUGCUUUCUCUGCAACAAACCCAGAAGGGCUGAAAUUGAGAAAUUCACCGAAUCAAAGCUGAAGGCAGAAACACAAGAGAAAAAUCCACUGGCCACUGCUUUCAAAAGAAAGAUUGAACAGAAGAAGCAAGUAGGUGAAUCAUAA